AUGGCUGUCAGCAAGAUCUGCUGUAUUGGCGCCGGCUAUGUUGGGGGCCCCUCCUGCGCUGUCAUCGCCCACAAAUGUCCAGACCUGCGGGUCACUGUGGUCGAUCAGAGUGCCCACAGAAUAGCUCAAUGGAACUCGGACAUCUUGCCUAUUUUUGAGCCAAACUUGGAUGAGAUUGUCAAGUCAUGCCGAGGUCAGAACUUGUUUUUCUCCACGAAUAUCGACCAGGAGAUUCUGGAUGCAGAUUUGAUCUUUAUUUGUGUCAACACACCAACCAAAACUUUUGGACUCGGCAAGGGAAGAGCAGCAGAUCUCAAAUACAUCGAGUCUUGUGCCAGACGGAUAGCAGAUGUGGCCCAGAGUUCUAAGAUUGUGGUGGAGAAGAGCACUGUCCCCGUCAAAGCUGCCCAAAGUAUUUCCAACAUCUUGUCAGCCAAUGUGAAACCUGGAGUCAGGUAUCAGGUAACUUGUAACUGUGACAACAUCUGUUCUUGUCAUUUGAAGGUAUGUUGUAACUUUAUUGUCAUGCAAAGGUGUU